ACAGCACUUCCGCUUCCGGUAAAAGGUCGCUGUGACCGGUGUUCCGAUUGAUUCUUCCAAGGUGCCGCCGCAGCCAUGUUGUCCCUGGCCACCCGCUCCGGAGCGCUCUCCCCGUACCUCUCCGCCACCUCGUACGCCGUGGCCGGGCAGCUGAAGCCGCUGGUGUCCGGGGUGGUGUCACACGGGGAGAAGGUGCCGCUGGAUGUCAAGAGAACGACUGUGAGGGGCCAGAGCGCCCGGGGGCCCAUCUCCGCCACCGCCCGGAUCAGCGGUCCCUCUUCCGUUCGCUACUUACACAGCGAUGUCACCGUCCCAGAAUUCUCGGACUACCGCCGCUCUGACGUCGCCGACAGCACCAAGUCCUCGCAGCCCAGCGAUAAUUCCAGGAAGGCUUACUCUUACCUGGUCACCGGCCUUGCCACAGUCACCACGGCCUACGUCGCAAAGAGCGUCGUCUCCCAGUUCGUCUCCAGCAUGAGCGCCUCCGCCGACGUCCUGGCCAUGUCGAAGAUCGAAGUGAAGCUGUCCGAGAUCCCAGAGGGAAAGAACGUGUGCUUCAAAUGGCGAGGCAAGCCUCUGUUCAUCCGUCACAGGACGGCCAAGGAGAUCGAGCAGGAGGCCGCCGUCGAAUUGAGCGAGUUGAGGGACCCACAGCACGACCUUGACAGGGUGAAGAAACCCGAGUGGGCCAUCCUCAUCGGAGUCUGCACUCACCUGGGGUGUGUCCCCAUAGCCAACGCGGGAGAUUACGGCGGCUAUUACUGCCCGUGUCACGGCUCCCAUUAUGACGCAUCUGGGCGGAUUAGAAAGGGCCCGGCGCCUCUGAACCUGGAGGUUCCCUUUUACGAGUUUCCAACUGAAGAGCUUGUAAUAGUUGGGUAGACUUUUACCCUUCGAGGAGGGAUUCGGGUUAUUGCUGUUAAUCUGUGUUCCUGUCUUUCAUGACGUUUUCAUGCUUUUAAAGAUCGGUGCUCAAUAUUUUAAUAAUAAGCCACCACACUAGAUAUGGAGAUCUCUGUCUGGUUUCUGCUGUACAGUGUGAUAAUAGAGUGUCAGCUCCUCUGACAUCCUGUACAAAGAAAACAUUAAAUUCUGACUUUACACUGUAA